GGGAGCGUCACACAGGCAGGCAGGACACGCAGGUGGCAGUGUGACGCUUGUGCGCCGCGAGGACCUGCCGGGAGAAGGUCACCUGUGUGCCAGGACACCUGUACGUGUGUCCCGGCCACUGUGACGGCCGCGGCCCCAGCCCCGCGGCGGGCGGGCCCGGCGGGCGGGGGACAGCCGCACCCUGGACCGGGCGGGUGCUUCCCGCCUCCCUGUCCCCAUCCCUGUCCCCGCCGAGGCCACUCGGGCUCCGUGGCCUCACCGGACACCCCCAUGCAGCGGGAGCGCGGGGAGCAGAGCCCAGGAGCCCCCGAAACCGAGGUCAAGGCUGUCAUCGUGGGGGAUGGCGGCUGCGGGAAGACGUCACUGCUGGUGGCCUUCGCCAAAGGGGACUUCCCCAAGGUCUAUGUCCCCACCGUGUUCGAGAAGUACACAGCGUCCCUCCAGGUUGCCGGCAAGCCCGUGAAGAUCCACCUGUGGGACACAGCAGGACAGGAAGACUAUGACAGGCUUCGCCCUCUGUCCUACUCGGAUGCCAACGUUGUCCUCAUGUGCUUUGAUGUCACCGACUCCAACAGCUUUGACAACAUCCUAACGAAGUGGUACCCGGAGGUGAACCACUUCUGCAAGGGGGUCCCGGUGCUGCUGGUGGGCUGCAAGACGGACCUGCGGCAGGACCAGGAGGCGCUGCAGAAGCUGAAGGACGGACGAAUAGAGCCCGUCUCCCGCCAGCAGGGAGAGGCCAUGGCCCGGCAGGUCCGCGCCGUGUCCUACAUGGAAUGCUCGGCCAGGUACCAGGAUAACGUCGGGAACAUCUUUGUGACAGCCUGCAGUGCCGCCAUCAGUGCCGCCCGCCGGAGGCAGCGCAAGGCGGGACACAGGAGGGUCUGCGUGAUCCUCUGAGCCCCCCGGCUCGGCACAGCCCCCCCGGGAUCUCCUGCUGUCCCCGAGCUGCGACCGCACCGCGGCUGCUGCCACACCUCUGCCUCCGCCACCGGAACGCCGCUGCCACCGUCCCGACCCGGGGCUGGCACCGCCGGUCACCGCGGGGGGACAGCAGGAAAGCAUUCCUGCCAUGAACUGUCACGC